UGGCUGUCAAUGAUACAAACGUCUCUGCUAUGGGCCCUGCAAUUUCUUCCGUAUAUUCCGACAAUGUUCUGGGAUACACUUGACUCCGGGGCAGGGCAGCAUUGACUCCAGGUUUAGUGCAGGACUGACUGCGGGUGGGGAGCGGGUUUGACCCCGGGGUUGGGAAGGAAGUGUUGCUGCACAGGAUUACUUUGCGCGGAGUAGGUCUGGAGGCGGCGAGGCGGCGGCGGCGGAUGGAGGGCGGAGGUGAAGCGGCUCGAGUGAAGUAACAAAGUAACAACCGGCACCGGGACCGGGACCGGGGACACUGUCCGGGGGCGGGGGACCCCACACCCAGACACUGACAGCGACAGCGACUAACUGACCGGGACUGAGUAUCUGGGAGACGGGGCCGGAGCUGGGGAGAGUCCAAGGCCCGAAGCCAGCGACCGGGGCCCGGAGCCAAGGAGAGCCCGAGGCCCGGAGCCGAGAGCCCGGGAUACAUUGGGAUACAAUCUGCUACUUUCCUGAUACAUUGUGCUGCAUUUUAUUGCUUUUCUUCCUUGCGGAUACUUUGUUUCUGAGUGGAUCCUGAUCCCGGUUUGGCCCAAGAGCCGUAAUCCCACUGUUCCCCCCCCUCCCCCCCCACCGGGGAGGCGGCGGCCCCGGUUUCAGUUUUGGCCCCGGACCCGGGGAUGGGUGUUCACUUCUGGAGACGCCUGUGAACCGUCAGAAGCGGCGGCCCCUAGAGCACUACGAAGGCCGGUUGUCCCGCAUUUAGAUCUCGGCCGGGAGCGGCGGAAAACUCGGGGGAGAUUGCGGAGGAGAAAAUGAGAAUUGGAUAAACUUGGAAUCAUUGAGAGGAGCCAAAUGAGCGUUACACCGUCCGGCCUGAGUGAGAGGUUUCCCAUCAGAAGACUUCCCAGGCAAGGAAGCAUACUGAACAAGGAUCUCUCGCCUGAUAAGAAGCAUGACAAAAAGAACUCUGAGAAAUCUCCUCUAUACGAGUUUGACCCAACAGGUCUGGUUCAACGCUGUGUCAUAAUCCAGAGAGAUGAGAAUGGAUUUGGCCUGACAGUCAGUGGCGAUAAUCCUGUAUUUGUCCAAUCCGUCAAAGAGGAUGGGGCAGCUGUUCGUGCAGGUGUGCAGCAGGGAGAUAGAAUCAUUAAGGUUAAUGGAUCACUGGUGACGCACUCGAACCAUGUGGAGGUAGUCCGGUUAAUCAAAUCUGGGUCAUAUGUGGCCCUUACAGUACUGGGCCGUCCGCCCGGCUCUCCGCAGAUCCCACUCACUGCAACCGAUGGAGAUCCUGGGGCUUUCUUCUUUCCUGGCCAACAAGGAGCAAUAUCCCCAAAUCCAACCUUCUCCCCACAUCUUUCAAGUAGCAGCUGCCCAGACAGGAUCACUAGCCCCAUGCCUGUGGCGGAAGACACCCUUGUACACAAUCAAAAGGUUGAAAUCCUGAGAAACAUGCUGGGCACUGAGAAACGGCAGCUGCAACAACUUAAGGAGAAGUAUGCAAGAAACCCAACGCAGCAGCUACUUCGAGAUCUACAAGAGGUGGAGAAACAUAUUUAUCAGCUGCAGGAGCAACUGAGCAAAGCUACAGGCACCUCACAGGAUGGCUCAAGUUGUGUUCGACUCUCCGAAUCAUUGUCAGUUGUGGAAAGACUCACUGAAGCCUGUGAAAGUAAAGACCAACAUGUGGUGGAAGAGGAUGAAUACCUUACUGUAGUUCUGUUGACUCACUCUGAUUCUGUCUACAUUUCAGAUCCUGUAGCUGCAGCAUCUGCUGCAGUGAGGACGGCUAGUGACAAUUUGUCAAUUGACAGCAAUACUUCUGUACCAAAGUCGAGCUUUGAUUUUCCAUUUGCCCUGGAUCAGGUAAUGGAGGAGGACCGGGAGUCGGAGAGGAGCCUGGAAACUGCCACGCCCCCAUGUACCCCAAAACCAGGUCGCAGAAUGGAUGGUCAUGGUUAUGGAGCUUGGACUGAGCCAACUUCUCAAAGCCAGUGCCUGGCUCAGACAGAUGAAGAUCAAAUGCACCUGUCAGAUGUGGAGCAGGACGCAGCUAAUUGGCAGCAACUGGUGAGCCAGGACAUCCUAUCUGGCCUGAAACCACAUGAGAUCAAGCGGCAAGAAGUUAUUAACGAACUUUUCAACACUGAACGUGCUCACAUCCGAAUGCUGAAAGUUCUGGAUGUAAUCUUUUACCAGAAGAUGAUACGAGAUAGCAGCUUACCAGCAGCAGAAGUGAGGAGCAUAUUUUCCAACCUCGAUGAAAUUCUGCAGCUUCACAUUUCAUUAAAUGAACAGAUGAGAAAAGUCUGGAAAAGGAAUGAAAACUUUGUGGUUGAUCAGAUUGGAGAAGACUUGCUGAGCUGGUUCAGCUGUUCUGAAGAGGAGAAGUUUAAACGAGCUGCUGCCACUUUCUGCAGUAAUCAGCCAUUUGCCCUGGAACUCAUCAAAUCAAAACAGAAGAAAGAUGCAAGAUUCCAGGCAAUCAUUCAAGAGGCACAGAGUAAUCCACAGUGCCGAAGAUUGCAGCUAAAAGACAUCAUCCCCACUGAGAUGCAGAGGCUGACAAAAUACCCGCUGCUUCUGGAGAAUAUUGCUAAAAACACAGAUCCAGAGCAGCAUGAAGAGAAAAAGAAGGUGAAGAAAGCUGCAGAAUGUUGUCGGCAGAUUCUGAAUUUUGUGAAUCAGGCUGUGAAGGAAGCUGAGAAUAAACAGCGAUUGGAAGAUUACCAGCGUCGCCUGGACCUUUCCAGCCUCAAGCAGUCAGAUUACCCACUGAUUGAGGAAUUUCGGAAUCUGGACCUUACAAAGCGGAACAUGAUUCAUGAAGGGCCUCUAACCUGGCGAGUAAAUAAAGACAAGACAAUCGAUCUCUACACGCUGCUGUUGGAGGAUAUCCUGGUUCUGUCCCAGAAGCAGGAUGAGCGACUGGUGUUGAAAUGUCACAGUAAGAACCUUGCUGCCAACGCAGAUACUAAACACAUCUUCAGCCCCAUCAUCAAGCUGUCUGCUGUGCUUGUGCGGGAAGUCGCAACAGAUAACAAGGCUUUCUUUGUCAUCUCAACAUCAACUGAUGGUGCCCAGAUCUAUGAACUGGUAGCCCAGACAGUCUCUGAACGAAAAACGUGGCAGUAUUUAAUCACACAGACAUCAGGAUCAAUUAAACCUCCAAGCCACCAUGUGAUCCCUGAGCCAGCAGUUACGGAGAGUGAGCAAGAAGAUGAGGAGAAUCUGAGCACACUGCAGCAAAGUGGAUCAGGCAAAGUUUCAGGAAGAAUGUUCGGCAGCAGUGAAUCACCACAAGGUAAAGAAAUGUUAUCUGGGACUGAAGACACUCUGAAUCUCUCCAUGUCAAACCAGCAGAAACCUCAUGUAGUCCCCUCCACGCAGGAGACAGAUGAGCAGAACAAACCCACAAGGGAGUACUCCAGCCUCCGCAGAUCAACUGAUCAAAGGCUACCCUACAGAAACACCGAGCAACACUAUUCAAACCAGGGUCGGUCUUCAGGCUCACCACUCUCCUGUUCCCGAGCAGAGAUUGCACUAACAAACCUUCACACCUUGAAGCAAUUGCUAACAUUUAACAUGCUGAAUUUGGAUGAUGAUGGCAGUGAUGGAGGCUCGUUUCAGCACCUUCCAGAGGAGGACAGUUGCCUGACUUCUCCAAAGCUAGGGGCAGAUGGGCCACUGGAUUGUACAGUGUAUUGUCAAGGUGAGAUAUCUGACAAGGUUCAGCAGCAUCAGGUAGAAUUAGACAAUGAGACCCUGGAAGAAACGGAAACUCAAACAAGUCUUACUGAAAGGACUAAAAUUUCUCGUCACCUUACGCUGGAGGCAGCUCACACUGAAGAGCACAAUCCAGACCCUGCAACAGAUGACAGCGGAGAAAGAUUCUAUGAUGCCCCAGAAGAUCAUGCAGAUGAACAUCGGCCACAGCAGAACUGCUCCAGUCCCAACAGAGACGAGAGGCCAAAGUCACAAGCACGUGUGUCAGGAAAUUACAUAACCCUGGACGGAUUUCCGCAGACUGAGGGGAGCUCCGCUGAUGAAACUGACAUGUCAGUGAUUCAGGCUGAAUGUUCAGUGGAUUGUACUACCCAAAGCACAGAAGCUAGGGAGGAUUGCAGUGUCACUGGACCAUGUCAUCCAGGUGUGGAAUUUGGACAGUUGCUUCCUUCGUUGGAUGUACAAAAUCAAAUCCUUCAAUUGAUACAAAGCAUAGAGUCUGAUCUGAAACAUUUAAAGGAGGUGGAGUUGGAAUAUUACAGUCAGCAGAUCCUGGAAUCAGCAGCGUCACAUGAGAGAACAAGAGACAGUUAAUGCAGUCCGUUUGGAUAUGGAAUCGAGCCAGACUUGGUGUUGAAAUGUGGGUGCUUGGAUCUGAUCCCUCAAAGCUCCGGUUAACUCUGGACUUUGGAGACAUUUGUGGAACCAAAUGUUGAUUCUGUAAAUGCCGCUGAGUUCUACAUGUCAUUUUUGGGAUGGUCCUGCCAGUUACCAGUGAGCGCUGCUGGUUUCCGAUGCACUGGUGAGUUCCGGAACAGUUGAUAUAAUCGCCUUCCCUUGUGUACACGCACCUCUGUUGAUUAUAGAACUGAUCUCACUCGCCACAUGUCCAAAAACCAAAUGUACAGAAAUUCGGAAGAAAAUCAAUUUAGAUUUUGAAGAAAUCGAGAUGUAUUUAUUUGUAUCCACUUGCUAUGAUAAUGCAAUCUUUUUGUUAUAAUUUUUAUUUUUGUAGUCUGCGUUGAGCUGAUAUGCAGACGAAGAUUGAGAUCUGGUCAAUAAAUGGAAUUCAAGCUGUGGGUUCCAACACUGGGGGCAGUGAAAUAGAUGGAAUAGGGGUGCAAGAGAUUAUUACACAGGGUGUGAGAGAACCACGACACAGUUGGGAUGUGAGAAGGAGAGUUAAAGACUGCUGGUGUAUGAGAGGAUGUUGUGUUAUUUACAGUUUCAUAGCUGCAGCAUAAAUCUGAGAAGGUUAGACAGGUUUCAGAACCAUCUGCAUUUGCUGCUGUAUCCUGAUGAGCUGUAGAAUCGGGGUUCUGGACCAAAGCUGCUUUAUUAGCAAAACCUCCACAUGGAGAGAAGCAGCAGAUUAAAGAGCAGGUAAUUGUUUCAGUCUAGAACGAUGAACUUUAAAAUCUGUCGUUUCCCUGAGCAUGUGCAGUUCAUUUGUACUUUAAGUGCUUGCAAACGCAUUUACCUGAGACAAUCUGUUCUUUUCUCAAACAUCUAUUUCUCACCGAGAGGGAAGUUUUGGAAAAACAAAUUAUUUGGUUAUUAAAGGUAGACCUGGUUUCCGAAAUAAAAUGUUGGAAAUAUUAAAAUCCUGGGCUUGGGCUGACCAGACUUACCUUCAAGCAUUUAGAAUGUCACCUCCCAAGAACAGUGAAACACACAGUAAGUGGACCUUCCUAUCCAUUCCUGUGCCACUUGUUUAAGAAGCUGUUUCCACAGACAUGCCGUGUUUAAUUAUGAUUUCUAUUUCAGUAAUUGGUCUCAGAUGUGGCUAUGAGGAGUAGUUUCAUUGCUGAGCUGACUGUCAGCCCAUAACUAAGCUGGAAGUACUGUCAUGUAGUUGUUGAUGUUUUGUACCAAUUACAAAGUGAGCACAGAAGCAGUUAAUGUGAACCUAGUGCUGGAUUUCAUUGUAAAGUCUGAUUGAAACAAUCACUUUCAGCUCUCAAACGUCAGUUACUUGACUGCAUGUUCUAACUCUGCGGAUUGCUCCUGACGUGUAUACACAUCUGGUGUAGCCCCUAUUGCUGUCCUAUUAUAUUGCCCUGCACACUACACUAACCUUGCUGCCUCCCCUAACCUAUAGUUUUAAAGUUUAGAACUUUGACAUAUUUCAUUUGUUUUUAUCUAAUUUUGUAAAAUAGCAUCUCAUGUAAGAUUUAGUAAAGACAUUAUGUUACUUGAAAAAAUAUAAUUCUGUUUCUGGGAUCUGGGUUUUAAAGAAAUGUUUCAUUAUAAUUAUAAUGUUGAAAUAUAAUUAAAAAGCUUGUGGCUGAAA